AUGUGUUGUGGUUGCUGCAGUGUGCGCCAGCAAAAGAUCUGGGUCUUCUCCUUGGGAGGCCUGAUCCUAGCCAUUGGAAUUUUUCUGGCCUCAGCCUGGCCAGCCGUAUCUCGGCAAUGGAUUCGUAGUCUUUUGCCCCUGGCCCCCAACUCCUUUAUCUACAAUCGCUGGGUGACUACGCCCAUGCCGGUAUAUAGCACAGUUUUCCUCUUCAACUGGACUAAUCCUGGGGAUUUGAACACCGAGGGCGUUAAGCCGCACUUUGAGCAGCUGGGGCCUUACACUUUCAGUGACUUUAAGGUCAAGGAAGAUUUGGAAUGGAAUCAGCCCCAGGUGACCUACUUCGGCAAACGCACCUGGCAUUUUCUACCGGAAAAGUCAAAUGGAUCGCUUGAGGAUGUAGUUAUAGCCCCACACUUUCCCACUUUGACAGCUGCUUCGUACUCGCGCCGAAUGCGCCGCAUCCUGCGCAAGGUCAUGAACUUUGCCCUUAAUCGCGAGGGCGGCGCCACCCACAUGACCCACACAGCUGGCCAGUGGCUCUUUGAAGGCUAUUAUGACCAUCUGCUUGACUUCGUGGAGCAGCUGCAUUCGCCUCUGCUCCCGGUAACGGACAACACCUUUGGCUGGUUCUACGAGAGGAAUAACUCCAAGACGGCCGAGGGAAACUUUACAGUGCACACUGGCCGUGGGGAUCUCAGCCAGUUGGGAGAUCUGCUCCUGUGGAAUGGAGAGAACGCCACCGGCUUUUAUCCUGGCGAAUGCGGCAAAGUCAAUGGCAGCACGGGGGAACUCUGGUCGCCGUACAGAACGUGGGAUCAGCCAACCACCAUAUUCCUACCAGAUGCAGCGCGGUACUUGAACUUGUUUCCCAAGGAAAACCUCACCAUCGAUGGCAUUGAUGUCUGGCGCUACGAGUCCACCAAUCUCACCCUCGACAAUGGCCAGUUGUCACCGGACACUGAGUGCUUUUGCCUCAAGAACCGCGAGUGUCCGCGCAACGGAGUCCUGGAUUACGGUCCUCCCGCCUUCAAUGGUCCGUUCUACAUGUCGCAUCCGCACUUCUUCCUCACAGAUCAAAUGUACAGGGAGAACACCACCGGCCUGCAGCCCGAGGAGUCCGAGCACGGCAUGUAUGUGAUAAUGGAGCCUACUCUCGGCAUUCCAUUGAGCCUGAGGGGGCAGCUCAUGAUUAGCACGAAAGUGGUGCGCGACGAGGCCAUUGACUUGUUCAAAAACGUGGCCUAUGAUCAUUAUGCACCCCUAUUUACAAUGAGACUGCAUGCGGAAUUAGACGAAGGGCUCACAAAACUAUUGAAGCUUGCCCUAAAUGCUGCGAUUAUAGGAAUGUAUACAGGAAUUGGCUUAGUUCUUUUGGGAAUAACAAUAGUCGUAACUGGAAUAUUCGUCACAAAAAAACACAAAUGGCAUAACGAACAAAGGCGCGACAAACAAUUGCAAUGCACUCAAAAUUGA